AUGGGAUCAGGACCACCCCGUCAUCAAGAAUGGGAUCGGGACCACCCCGUCAUCAAGUACAACGUGCUGUGGGAGGAGGGCAAGGCGGCGCUGGAGCAGCUGCUCAAGUUCAUGGUGCACCCGGCCAUCUCCAGCAUCAACCUGACGGCCGCGCUCGGCUCGCUGGCCACCAUCGCCCGCCAGCGGCCCAUGUUCAUGGCCGAGGUCAUCCAGGCCUACGAGACCCUCCACGCCAACCUGCCGCCCACGCUGGCCAAGUCGCAGGUGAGCAGCGUGCGCAAGAACCUGAAGCUGCACCUGCUGAGCGUGCUGCGGCACCCGUCCUCGGGCGACUUCCAGCCGCAGAUCACCACGCUGCUGGUGGACCUGGGCACGCCGCAGGCCGAGAUCGCCCGCAGCAUGCCCAGCCCGCGCGAGGCCCGCAAGCGGCCCCGCGACGAGCCCGACGCCGCCCUCAAGAAGAUGAAGAUCGACGUGCUGUGGGAGGAGGGCAAGGCGGCGCUGGAGCAGCUGCUCAAGUUCAUGGUGCACCCGGCCAUCUCCAGCAUCAACCUGACGGCCGCGCUCGGCUCGCUGGCCACCAUCGCCCGCCAGCGGCCCAUGUUCAUGGCCGAGGUCAUCCAGGCCUACGAGACCCUCCACGCCAACCUGCCCCUGACACUGGCCAUGUUCCUGGUGUCCCCAGGUGUCCCUAACCUGUCCCUGUCCCUCGUAGCCAACCUGCCCCUGACACUGGCCAUGUUCCUGGUGUCCCCAGGUGUCCCUAACCCGUCCCUGUCCCUCGUAGCCAACCUGCCCCUGACACUGGCCAUGUUCCUGGUGUCCCCAGGUCCCGUGUCCCCGCAGGUGCUGAUCAGCAUGGUGUACCUGCCCGAGGCCAUGCCCGCCUCCUUCCAGGCCACCUACACGCCGGUGGAGUCGGCCGGCACCGAGGCGCAGAUCAAGCACCUGGCGCGGCUCAUGGCCACGCAGAUGACCGCGGCCGGCCUGGGGCCAGGUCAGGGGCACCCCGGCCGGGGCCCGAGUGAAGAUCCUGGCCUCGCUGGUGACACAGUCCCAGCCCGAGUGAAGAUCCUGGCCUCGCUGGCCCGAGUGAAGAUCCUGGCCUCGCUGGUGACGCAGUUCGAGGUGCCCCUCAAGGGCGAGGUGCUGUCCUUCAUCCUGGACGACGUGCGGGGCCGCCUGGACCUGGCCUUCGCGUGGCUCUUCCAGGAGUACAACGCGCACCUGGCGCGCGGCGGCGCCGGCGGCCUGGAGCGCUACGACGAGUGCCUGAUCGGGCUGCUGGCCGGGCUGCAGGAGAAACCCGACCAGAAGGACGGGAUCUUCACCAAGGUGGUGCUGGAGGCGCCGCUGAUCACCGAGAGCGCCCUGGAGGUGAUCCGCAAGUACUGCGAGGACGAGGUGGGACACCGGGGGAUCUUCACCAAGGUGGUGCUGGAGGCGCCGCUGAUCACCGAGAGCGCCCUGGAGGUGAUCCGCAAGUACUGCGAGGACGAGGUGACACCAGGAGACACCCGGAGGUGCCACGCGGAGGUGCCACCAGGAGAUGACACAUGGAGGUACUUCGGCGCCGACAAGGACACCGAGGUGGCGGCGCCCUGGACCGAGGAGACCAUCAAGCAGUGCCUGUACCUGUACCUGGCCCUGCUGCCCCACAACCACAAGCUGAUCCACGAGCUCGCCUCCGUCUACACCGAGGCCAUCGCCGACAUCAAGCGCACGGUGCUGCGCGUCAUCGAGCAGCCGCUCCGCGGGAUGGGGAUGAACUCCCCGGAGCUGCUGCUGCUGGUGGAGAACUGCCCCAAGGGCGCCGAGACGCUGGUGACGCGCUGCCUGCACAGCCUGACCGACAAAGUGCCACCCUCGCCCGAGCUGGUCAAGCGCGUCAGGGACCUGUACCACAAGCGGCUGCCGGACGUUCGCUUCCUCAUCCCCGUGCUCAACGGCCUCGAGAAGAAAGAGGUGAUCCAGGCGCUGCCCAAACUCAUCAAACUCAACCCCAUCGUGGUCAAGGAGGUCUUCAACCGCCUGCUGGGGACACAGCACGGUGACGGCGCCUCGGCCGUGUCCCCCCUGAACCCCGGGGAGCUCCUGAUCGCCCUGCACAACAUCGACUCCUCCAAGUGUGACAUGAAAUCCAUCAUCAAAGCCACCAACCUGUGCUUCGCGGAGCGGAACGUGUACACGUCCGAGGUGCUGGCCGUGGUGAUGCAGCAGCUGAUGGAGCAGAGCCCGCUGCCCAUGCUGCUGAUGCGCACGGUCAUCCAGGCCCUGACCAUGUACCCGCGCCUGGGCGGCUUCGUCAUGAACAUCCUGUCCCGCCUCAUCAUGAAACAGGUCUGGGGCCCCGAAAUCCCCUGAAAUCACCCCAAAAUUCCUGCAAAAAUCACCCCAAAAUUCCUGCAAAACUCACCCCAAAACUGACCCGAAAUCCCCACUGCGCACGGUGAUCCAGCACUGACCUUGUACACCCAUCAUGAACAUCCUGUCCAGGCUCGUCAUGAAACAGGUCUGGGGCCCCAAAAUCC